AUGACAGAUAUUUAUAUUCCUGCUGAAGAUAACACAUAAACCAAAUUCAAACCAGAUCCAUUUUUCAAUAAUUUUAAGACUAAAACAGUUUAAAAUUCCUAUAGAAAAGCUGAAUAAUAUUUAGGGUGGAACUGCACGGGAAAUAUCAUAGCAACAGCUUCAAAUAAAAUUAGAUUAUUCAGAUUAAAUAAUUCUAGUUUCGAAGUUGACAAAAAUGAGCAAAAAUUUCAUGAUUCAUAAACAGACUAUUUAAGCUGGCAUCCAACCAACCCUGAUUUAAUGGCAUAUAUUACAACAAAGUAGCCAAUUUACUAUAUUUGGGAUAUAAGAGAGAAGAAUCCUAGAAAAAUUUCAAAUAAAGUCCAACCAGAUAACUUGAAUGUAAUAUUCUCUCCUGAUGGAAACACAAUUGCUUCAUGCAGCAGGGAUAAUAAACUCUCUUUUUUCGAUUUGAGAAAAGAAGAAGAAAUAUUUACAGCAACAUUUGACUUUGAUAUAAACGAAUUUCAAUGGGAUCCUUCUGGUUCUGUAAUUAUGAUAGUAGGAAAUCAAAACCAAUCAGGAAUUCUUCAUGUCUGUGAUGGAAAGGAUUACUCCAAGGCCAAUAUUGAUUUAUUAGAAAAAAUUCAUGUAGAUUGUCAUAGUAUGAAAAUCUAGUGUAUAGAUGUAGAUCCUAAAGGAAAAUAUUUCGCUACAGGUUCUACAGACACCUUAGUAGGUUUAUGGGAUCAAUCUGAAUUUGUAAUGCUUAAAACAUUUAGUCAAUCCGAUAAUCAAAUUGAAAGACUAAGCUUUUCUCAUGAUGGAUAAUUACUUUCUUCAUUGUGUGGAGACAAAACAAUAUAAAUUUAUAAUUGCACUUCUGGAAAUCUUGUUAAUAUUAUUGAGAGAGAAAAUACUAUCCAUAAUUUAUAAUGGCAUCCUCGUGAAUAUAUUUUAGCUUAUUUAUCAGAUGAUAAAGUAGAUAAUGAAGGCAAUCUUCGUUUAUAUGGUGCUUUUUGA